CAAAUAAUUUGACGACUACAGCUAGCUAUGUGAUAUACAUUGAAGAGACUGCUGUCCUUCAUCUGCAAUGUCGGGGGCUAAGGGACAGAGAUAUGAGAGACUUUUCGAAUCAGAUGAAGAGGCUCCUCCUCACGAGCAGAUUUUGAUGAGUCAUGACUCGAACAAAUGGAGUCAGAUCCUGAAUUUAGACGACUUUUUCACCCGAAUAUACCACUACCAUCAAAACAACGGGUUCUGGUGUAUGUUCAUUAACGACUUGCUGCAGCUUGUACAAUUUGCGUUUGUGGUGUUUUUCGUGGUAUUUCUGUCGUGUUGUAUCAACUAUGAUGAGCUAGGAAGAAGUGAUCCGGAUUUAUGGGAUGCUAUUGACUGGAGCGGUUUAACAAGGAUUCAUGGUUUUGUGUUUCUGUUGGCGGUUAUAGCUAUCUUCUAUUGGGGCUGGAAGUGUUUCAAAUUCAUCUGGAACACCACAAAAUACUUAGAAAUAAAACUCUUCUACAAAGAUGUCCUUAAGAUCAAUGAAGAUGAUAUCAGUAAUUUAGAUUGGCUGGAGGUACAGUCAAAACUUAUUGACUCCCAAAAAGAAGUUCAGUUGUGUUUACACAAAGAAAAUCUUACUGAAUUAGAUAUAUCAAAUCGUAUCCUGCGGACGGUGAACUACAAACUAGCAAUGAUUAACAAAAAUGUGCUUCCUUACUCCUUCGAGUUUCCACUUCUUGGACAGAGAGUGUUUCUUUCCAAAGUGCUCAUGGCCAACUUGGAAUUUAUUAUCUUUACUGGUCCUUGGGCCCCUUUCAAAAACAGUUGGAAGUUGGACGAAAGGUACAAGAAACGAGAGUCUAGAGAAGUUCUAGCGGAACGUCUUACUAAAUACAUCUCAUAUCUGGCGUUCUUUAACUUCCUUCUCAUGCCUUUCAUCUUCGUCUGGCAGUUCAUUUUCCACUUAGUCCACUACGCUGAGAUAGUAAAACGUGAGCCGGGGUUCCUGGGAGUACGGAUGUGGUCCCUCUACUCUCGACAUUUCCUCAGACAUUACAACGAGCUCAAUCACGAGUUCGAUGCGAGACUUAAGAAAGCCUACAUUCCUGCUAACAAAUACUUGAACCUCUUUACUUCUCCUAUGAUGGUCAUCAUUGCGAAGAACGUGGGGUUCUUUGCUGGAGCAAUCCUUCUAGUCCUGGUAACACUGACCCUGAUAAACGAGGAGCUCUUGUUCGCCGAUAACAUCCCUCUUGCUAUCACUGUCCUGGGUAUCACUGUAUCUGUGUGUAGAGCUCUCGUACCUGAUGCUAACACAGUGUACUGUCCGGACUUGCUAAUGAAGGAAGUUCUACAACACACUCACUACCAGCCAGACUCCUGGAAUAACGGGGCUCACCUCCCUCACGUCAGACAACAGUUCUCUCAGAUGUUCGUCUUCAAGGGCGUGUAUCUUGCGGAGGAGUUGAUAUCACCACUCCUGACCCCCUUCAUCCUCUACUUCAACGUGCGACUCAGAGCACUCGACUUUGUAGACUUUCUCAGAAACUACACUGUCAAUGUAGUUGGUGUGGGUGAUGUGUGCUCCUUCUCUCAGAUGGACAUUAAGAGGCACGGUAACCCUGACUGGAUGUCCUUUGGCAUGACCACAGGUUCUCAACUAGACCAGGCAGAACACGGUAAAACAGAGCUGUCUCUCAUAAACUUUAGUAUCAGAAACCCGGACUGGAAACCUCACGAGAACGAGGCAAUGUAUAUCAGCACUCUCCGAGCCCUGGCAAAACAGGAUGGAGAAGGAGCGACACAGAACAUGAUGAACAGUAUGGCGCAGAGUAUGACACGAGGCAGUCUUAACUCUCCCUCCUCCAUGCUAGCCUCAAUGAACCUGCCUUCCUUCCACCCUCCAGACUCCCAUCCCUCUAUGAACUCUAACUCCACCAUCACAGAUGAAACAGUGCAGCACCCUGGUGCUUCUCACGAGACACAUCCUGAAGAUAUGCUACCUGAGGGAACUAUCGACCCAUCAGAUGGUAUGCAGACCAGCCUUGCUCAGAAACGCUACAUAUUCGACGAUCAGUACACCCAACUAGAACAGAGUUACCGAGACACCAGACAACCUAUCACUAUGACAGAGUCAGUCCCAGAGCUAUUACAGAGCGUUGCUGGAAUCAGUAACCCUGACAACCCUGGUGACACUGGUAACACUGGUAACCCUGGUUUUGCUAAUCAGAGGGUGACUCGGUCUCUGACUGACGCCCAACAUUUCCCCCCUGGAAGUAUGAUGAGUAUGAGCACCUUGGACGCCUCACUCUUUAUGUCAGCUUCGCCUCACAUGCAGCACUCACAGUGGGCUGCAUCCAGUAGUCUUAGUCAAGGUCCAAGUGGGGACGCGAUGAAAGUGUCGUGGACUGAAGUCAGGAGAAAGUACAGACAGAUGGCUAAAUCUAACGACCUCAAUUCAAGUGCACUCUAUCUUCAUUCGUUACACAACAGAUUAAAGCAGCAACAAGAGACCGCUGAAGAUAUGAUGACGAGGUCACUGCACUCGCAGAUACACCAGCAGAGAGAAGAGAGGCUGCAGGGGGAAAUGAGCAGAUCUUAUCCGGCUGAUCCCAAUGUCUGACGAGAACAUGUCAUAAGUGGUUAUAUAAACUGACAGGAGUAUCUGAUAAUAAGAACUACAAGAACUAACGAUAUAUAAAGAACAGCCAAUUAUAAUUAUUAAGUUUAAUUUUAACUGUAAUUAAUUAAGUAUUUUGUCUGUACAAAUGAUUGUUUUGUUAUCUGUCGAGGGAGAAAAUGUUCGAGUUGUUACUUUUUAGUGUUAUUAUUUGUUUCUUGCAUGAAUCGUCUGAAUGAUUUGGCGGACAAUUUAAUCGUUCAAUUUUGUUGCUAAGCUUUUGUUUAAAUUUCAGUUGUUGGUUUAAUUUGGGGUUUUAAAUCUAAUAUGUUUGAUCGAGGUUUUAGAUUUGGGCCCAGUUUAGCCAGUGCCCAGUUACUCUUACAAUUACACGUAUUGGCGUAAAACAGUAUAGAAUUAUAGUUAUUCUUAGUUGUCCUCUCCAAAUAACCAGUUCAUUUCAUAGACUCGUGCUUGUUCAUAUUCAUUAGUUUUUGAAUUAUACUGUCAAAAUCAAGUUUUACAUCAUACAUCAUGUUCGAUAUUUAUACUUCAAUCUAGAUGUAACAGCAAUAGUUUUAUUAAACUUAAUUAUUACAGGGAGGUUAUUCAUAUUAUUCUGACACGUGACAGCCAAGUUUCCUUAAGUCAAAACAAAUUUGAAUAUCUGCCUAGGUUUAUGGUUUAGUCAACUCUUGAAUUGUAUUAGGGAAAUGAAGCUUUCCUUUUCUUAAGCCAUACAUUUUUCCGAUACUACAUUGUCUCCUUGAGGGUUCCGGUUUGCAUGCGAUUUUACUGUAUUUGUUAGAGGAAUUUUAUACUACGAUUUAUACUUUGUAUUUGGUAUUGGAUUUGUGUUAUUACAUGCCAUUGUGUCUCAAUAUUGAGAUAAACCUAA